AAGAGUCCGUGAGCCAGUGAACGAGUCAGUACUACUAGUGACUACAGUGUCUGGUGGGCCGACGGUCCGAGCGCAUCGGUCGUGUUACGUGCUCCGUAUUUUCUGACGUCCAGCAGAGUUGAGAUCGGGACCCGCGGUUUGCUCGUGUUUCACCGCGAGAUAAGGCACGGCUACUCUUGCGAUAGCACGAGAAGCCUCCUGGUGUAUGUUACGUGACGUUAGUUCGAAACUCCUCGAGAGUUGAGCUGUGCGCGUGCACGCACUGUAAUUCGGAGACGACUGAGAACUAUGAGUUCUCUAGACUGAAAUCGGAACGAAAAGUUCGAAACGUUGUGCUUGAUAGUUGGUUGCAUUUAAAAGAGGAAGCUUGGAGACUGUUAUAAAGUUACUGAAAAAUUAAUUGCCAAGAUGUAUUCAGACGGGCACGAAGUAGACGGCAGCUGGGUGCUGCGCGUUUUCGUGACGGAUCUUCAGGUCGAAAGAAGUCUUCGUAUCAAAGGAGAACUUCAUAUUGGAGGUGUCAUGCUUCGUCUUGUUGAAGAUCUUGAUAUCGCCAUGGACUGGUCGGAUCAUGCCUUGUGGUGGCCAACGCGAAAUCAGUGGCUGACCAGAACAAGAAGCACUUUGGAUCAGUAUGGAGUUGCAGCCGAUGCGCUGCUUCACUUCACUCCGAUGCAUAAGACUCUGCGGGUACAACUUCCAGACAUGAGGUGUCUAGAUUGCAGGGUAGACUUCUCCGUCAAGACCUUCAAUGCCGUCAUCAACCUCUGCAAGGAAAUAGGUAUAAGGCAUCCGGAAGAGCUGUCCUUCUGCAAGCCCCUGGAGCCCAAUCACCUCAAGUACAAUCUAAAGGAUCUACCGGCGAAAAAGAAAAUUGAGAAUCAGAAAAACGGCCACUGGAACGUCCCAGCUGACACAAACACCUUCAUCCCAGUAAGCCAGAGCCCCAGAGGCUCAACGGAUAGUCUCGAUCAAAGUAGUCCGUUUAUGUGCGCACCGGUUACUCCUACCAACAGGAACCACAGCACGCCGAUCAGCUCUCCUGUUUCCCAACCCGGUACAUGGAAGAAGAACAACAACUCCUCGGGUUUUGGUAGCACAGGAUCAUUCAAUGCUAACAACAGCACGAUGAGUCUGGAGGCUCUGAAUGGUGGAUUAACGGAAUCCUUAGCUCAGAGUCCGACAACCGUGUCUCCGGAUAUCCGUUCAAAGCUGAUCAGGCCAAAGACGCUGGUAGAACGGGCGAGAAUGAAUGUGGCAUGGCUGGACUCUUCACUCUCCAUCAUGGAACAGGGCAUCCGGGAGUAUGAUACUCUCAGGUUGAAGUUCAAGUUCUACUCGUUCUACGAUCUUAACCCAAAGACCGAUGCGGUCAGGAUCAAUAUGAUUUACGAGCAGGCCAAGUGGCAACUACUAGCCGAAGAGAUCGACUGCACAGAAGAAGAGAUGCUUAUGUUUGCUGCACUUCAGGUGCAAGUCAACCUUCAAGCCAGCGUGCCACAGCCGAGCUACGACAGUAACGGAGCGUCCUCGCCGGUCGAGGAUGAUAUUGAUGCAGCCCUUACAGAUCUUCAGGUUACCCUUGAGGGUAGCAAUAUCAAUAAUAGUCCAAGUGACAUAACACAGGUUCCGGAACUUUGCGAUUAUCUUCGCUUCCUGAAACCCAAAAGAUUCACACUUAAGGCAUUUAAGCGAUACUGGUUCACCUGUCGGGAUCUUCAGCUGAGGCUGUACAAGACUAAGGAGGAUACCAACAGUUCAGAAAAACCAGCACACAUCAUCAAUCUCCGAGGCUGUGAGGUCACUCCUGAUGUUCAUCUCUCUCAGGGACGUUAUGGAAUCAGAUUGGAAGUACCCAGUGCCGAGGGAAUGACUGAAAUAUGGAUCAGAUGCGAUACGGAACAACAAUACGCAAAAUGGAUGGCUGCCUGCAGAUUGGCUGCGAAAGGUCGUACGCUGGCAGAUGCAUCCUAUGAAAGCGAAGUUGACAGUAUCAUAGCCUUCCUGCAGCUGCAGAGGCCUGCACCUGCUCCUGCCAUCAAUCCAAAUUCUCUUGACAUCACGCCCGAGGAUUACGUUGCUCCGAGAUUUGCUAAAAAGUUCAAGGGCAAGUUGGUCCAGAGAAUCCUGGAGGCACACGCUAACGUUAAAGAUCUUCAUUUAGUCGAAGCCAAAUUAAAUUAUAUCAAAGCCUGGCAAUCUCUUCCGGAAUAUGGAAUCUCCUUAUUUGUUGUCAGAUUCACAGGAAAAAAUAAGGAUGAACUUCUAGGAAUUGCUAAUAACAGACUUAUGCGUAUGGACCUUAACAGUGGGGAUCAUCUCAAGACCUGGAGGUACAAUACCAUGAAGGCAUGGAAUGUUAAUUGGGAAGUGAAGCACAUGAUGGUCCAAUUUGAAGAAGAGAAUAUAAUAUUCGAAUGCCAAUCUGCCGACUGUAAGGUCGUCCACGAAUUCAUUGGAGGCUAUAUCUUCCUGUCAAUGCGUUCCAAGGAAGCAAACCAGACGCUGAACGAAGAAAUGUUCCACAAAUUGACUGGUGGCUGGGUUUAGGAAAGUCCCAUGGAAAAAUCACGUGCCUCUCGACGCAUUUGCCUUUAUCUGCGUAACGCGCACGCACCGGCUGGAAUGCAUUUUUCUGAGUAGUUAACAACCAGGGGAAAAUAAACGUGUCUAAAGUGGAGGUUCGUUACUUCAGUGCCUCGCGGAUAACUGCCUUGGUGGCUGACGAUUGUGGAAAUACUUAAUGUUAAUGAUCUUUUAAUUGGGCGGUGUUGAAAAUUGUGCUUGUACAUAGAAAAAACAGUACCGUAGAACGCGUCAAUCGUAGUCCUCCCACAAUAUAGAUUUUAUAAUAUUUUCAUAGAUAAUGACACACGCAGGUCAACGAUCUUUUACAAGAUUUUUAAAUACUUUUAAUUGUGUUUAUCACCGACUAAUGGAUUUACGAUGAAUCCUAAUAUAUCAAAGUUGGCGGAAGUAAAAAAGUCUUUUGAUAGUCAAUGAAGAAAUUAGGAAGGUAAUUACACAUUACACAUCGUGACACAUUAUAUUUAGCUAUAUGGAUCUAAAACACGCACAUGAUACCUUAUAAGGAGAAUUUAUCGUGCCUUUAUCGAAGCACGUUUUAAUUAUAGCAAUGCAUUGAAGAUAUCAAAAUAAAACUGCGAACUAAUAUUUUUACAGUUAUUCCCAACCUCAAAUUGAAGCCCAUAAUUUUAAUUAGGUGUUAACUGCUCUGUAGGACUACAAGUUAAGUUCGUCCGGAUAAAUAUAUUUUCAACAUCACAAAACGGUGCUAGACCGGACGAAAUUAUCUUCCGUCCGGCGAAGAAACAUAAAUGAUCGUGUAAAUUAUUUGUUAUUUUAAUGUAAACUAUAUAUAAUAAAAAAUAUUUACUUGUACCGUUACACACUAUCUACACAAUAUUAUAUUAUUAUAUAUGUAUAUGUAACCAAAAAUUAUAGUUUUGUAUAUUAAUAGACGAUAGAUGUAUAAUAAACGUAAUUAUUAUUAAUGUA